AUGGCCACUGAAUUCAAUAGAUUUGCUUUCUUGAUUCCCUACUUCCAGGUUCUUUGCUUGGCCAAUGCCGUUUCAUUUCAGAUAACUCGGUUUACUCCUGAUUUAAGCGCCAUACUCUAUCGAGGAGAUGCAAUACCUUCAGUUGGAGAAAUUGAAUUCAACAAUGUUGAUUAUCUUUAUCAGGUUGGUCAAUCUAUCUAUUCAGAGCCUGCUCCUAUCUGGGAUUCGCACUCAGGGAAAGUAGCUGACUUCACUACUCAUUUCUCCUUCAUCAUUGACACUCAAAAUCGUACCCAAAAUGGCCAGGGGCUUGCUUUCUUUCUUGCUCUUGUUGAAUGGGAUCCUCCUUUUGAACAUGUUGGUAUCAACAAUAAUUCAAUUACUUCCUCUAUAACCACGUCCUGGAAUGCCAGCUUGCGCAGGGAAGACCCUGCUGAUGCUUGGAUUAUCUACAAUUCUUCUACGAAAAAUCUGAGUGUUCUCUGGAGUUAUGGAUCAAGUCCUAACUCUAGUAUUUCUUAUCAGAUAAAUUUGAAGGAGAUUCUUCCUCAAUGGGCUGCAGUUGGAUUUUCAGCUGCCACAUGUCCGUAUGUUGAAAGACACAUACUUGAAUCAUGGGAGUUUAGCUCGAACCUCGAUAUAGCAAAGACGCGUGGGAGUAAAGCAAAGAAAAUUGGAUUAGUUGCAGACUUAACAGCAGCUGGAGCAAUCUUGAUUGUGGGUAGAUUAAUAAAAAGGGGGCAGGACUUUUCUGGGUGGAAAGUCAGUACUGAAUCUAUGAUACGGCUGCUUGAAGAUCCUGAGAAACAGUAUCAGCUGUAUUUGGAGAAAGAGAGGGAAAAGGAUCAAAGUGAUGAUGAAGAACGUCCCAGUGAUGAGGAGGGUGAGGUGGAAGGAGGACUAUUUGAAAAUACUAAUAUAAGUGACAGCCAGGGCAAAGUGGAUGAGAUUGACAGCAUGGAGAACAAGAAGAAAAAAUCAAAGGACAAAGCAGCUUCUAAGAAAUCGAAGCACAACAUGGAGGAGAAAAAUAUUGCUGGUAGCAAGACAAACAAAAGAGAGCCAGACAAUAAGUCGGUUACUCUUCCGUCAUUUGAUGAGUUUUUUAUCAAGGAAUUUAAAUUGAUUGGGACUCAGCUAAUAUUUUGUAUAACAAGCUUGUACACCCACAUGCCUACAUCUUUCAUUCCAGUGGAGGUAGCAAAGAAUAUGAAAAGGGUUUCUGGCAUGCUACAAGCUCUUGGAUCUUUGAUACAUAAGGUCACUUCUGCUAAUGAAGGGCUGAGAGAAGUCAUCUAUGGAAUUGAAACUGCAGAAAGAAGGAAAAGACGCUUCAUUGAAUUGCGAAGGCCUAGAAUGGGAUGCCUGCAAAACCUGAAACAUCUUCAAGAAAAAAUCUCUCUUCCAAGCUUCUCUGAAGAUUAUCAAAUUAGAAGCUUCUGUUUACAGACAUCUUUCUUGGUCUUUUGUACUGCUUCAACCUCAGCUAAGUUGCAUGUGGAAGGAAUAGCACCGCUGGAAUUAUUGGUCAUUGAUGAAGCUGCACAGUUGAAGGAAUGCGAGUCCGCUAUACCCCUUCAGCUACCUGGUAUCCGCCAUGCUAUACUUAUUGGAGAUGAGAAACAACUACCAGCAAUGGUUCAAAGCCAGAUAUGUGAGAAGGCCAACUUUGGAAGAAGCUUAUUUGAAAGGCUAGUGAUGUUAGGACAUCAAAAGCACCUUCUCAAUGUCCAGUACAGGAUGCAUCCAUCGAUCAGCUUAUUUCCAAAUAGGGAGUUCUAUGCAAAGCUAAUAAUGGAUAGUCCCAAUGUGAAGGAUGGAAAAUACAAGAAGCACUUCCUGGAAGGGUCCAUUUUUGGAUCAUACUCAUUCAUUGACAUCAACCCUGGUAAAGAGCAGUUUGAUGACAAGCAUAGCAGGAAAAAUCUCGUGGAGGUUUAUGUCGUUGCUGAGAUCAUUGCUAACCUUCAUAAAAGGUCUCUCAUUUCAAAGCAGAAGCUCCGUGUUGGCUGCAUAUCACCCUACAAAGCUCAAGUUUCUGCAAUUCAGGAAAAACUUGGCCAGAAAUAUAGUACGGACACAGGCAGUGACUUCUCUGUUAAUGUUCGUUCUGUCGAUGGAUUUCAAGGAGGGGAAGAAGAUGUAAUAAUUAUUUCAACAGUGCGGUGUAAUGGGGGUGGAUCAGUUGGCUUCCUUUCCAACCAUCAAAGGACUAAUGUGGCUCUCACUCGAGCGAGGCACUGCCUUUGGAUACUGGGAAAUAGUGCAACCCUCGUGAAUAGUCACUCCAUUUGGAAGAAACUAGUAUUGGACACAAAGGCUCGGGGUUGUUUCCAUAAUGCUAGAGAUAGCAAGAUCUUGGUUCAAGCAAUUUCUUCUGCCUUAAUUGAGUUAGGCCAAUUUGAUAACCUACUCAGUACCGACUCAGUGCUGUUCAAAACAGCGAGGUGGAAAGUUUGCUUCAGCGAUGAUUUUUCAAAAUCACUUGCAAGAAUUCGGGAUCCUGAGAUCUGCAAGGAAGUUCUCUCUCUUCUAGUGAAGCUUCCGAGCGGCUGGCGCCAGCCUCCAAGUGACACUAGUAGAAUUGAAAUUAAUGGUACUUCUUCCCUGUUGUUGGAGAUGUAUGAUGUGAAGGGUCUGAAACUGAUGUGGACAGUCGGCAUCCAGAAGUUCAUUUCAAUUGACAUGCAAGUUAUAAAAGUUUGGGAUAUUUUGGCAGACUCGGAGAUACCAAACUUGGCAAAGCAACUUGACAAGAUAUUUGGAAGCUACACACUGAACACUGUGAAUCGUUGCAAAGUCAAACGGAUGGAAGGGUAA